AAAAUGGACUCUGCUUUUAGUCUUCUUUAUCCCUGUUGCGCUUACCUGCCAAAAAAGUAACAACAAGCCUACUGUUAGAGAAUACGAAGGGAGAAUUUUUAUUGCAGCUCCUAAAAAAUUAGCUUUAGACACAAACAUAACAUUAUACAUCGUAGCGUAUAAUGUUCCUGAGAAUGAAGUACUAGACCUUACAAUAAAGGACUAUCCUGGAAGGACAAAAGUUAUUACAUCCAACAUAGUUGCUUUACAAAAUGGAGUUCCAGUUCCCGUAGACAUUAAUUUGCCUUCCGAGGAACUUCUCAAUUACGUCGAGAUGAGUAUAUUUGGUACAGCAUACUUACAUGUUAUUGUGGAAGCAAAAAUAGAAGAAAAAUUUAAAACAGAUAUGAAAUUACCUAUUGACUACAGUAGAGGCUACGUUUUUCUUCAAACGGACAAACCUAUUUAUACUCCACGACAAACAGUACAAGUUCGAAUUAUUCCAUUGAACGAAAAGAUGUUACCAGAAAAUUAUAAUCUUCGAGUACAGAUAAAGAAUCCUCAAAAUAUUAUUGUUCAAGACACUCUUAUCAGAGAUCCAUGGAUUCUAUCCUCGAGUCAAUUUCCUAAAAUGAAUUUUACCUUCCCUCCAUUCCCCAUGUUAGGAAAAUGGAGUGUAUCAGCUUUGUAUGGAAUUCAAUUUCAGAAACAGUCAUCUGUGUCAUUUCACGUUGAAGAAUACAUAUUACCAGUAUUUGCUCUGAAGGUUCGAGUGUCGAGUGCGAUUUUGUCUAAAGAUGGAAAUAUUAAUAUUACUGUAGGGGCAAACUAUAUACAUGGAUCGGAUUUUCAUGGAAAUAUAGAGUGCAAAUUAAACAUUGUGACUCAAGGAAACCAGAUAAUUCCAGCAGGAGUUAAAACUGCUGAACUUUACAAUACAGAAAAAAGGAUUUCAGUAACUGCUGAGGAACUUUUAAAAGAAGCACAACUUGAAAAUUUUCCAUUUAACAGCGAAUUAUCCAUUAAUGUUUCUGUAACUGAUACAGCAACAGGAAUAACAGAAAAAGCAGAAGAAGAUCGUAUUAAAUUAGCUCUACCUCCGUAUCGUAUAUCACUUAAGUAUAUGCUGUCCUACUACAAACCAGGAUUUUCGUAUGAAAUAGUGGCUGAUAUCUUUUACUUAAAUGGCAAACCAGCAGAGGAAAUUCCCGUUAUAGUUAAUGUUACAGAUUCUAAUGAUAAAAAAGUAAUUCUAUCAGAGACAAAACAUGUAACUAAUGAAAACGGUCGUGUCAUUUUCCACGUCAUUCCACCUAGAGAUAUUAACUAUAUGAAUAUUGAUGUAAGAACAAAUGACAACAGAUACGAAAGUGAACAGCAAGCUUUUGCAAUACGAAGAAUAUAUAAAUUUGCUUCCAAUAAUUUUAUAUCGAUAUCGAGAACACAAUCAACGAGGAAACUAAAAAUUGGAGAAAAUUUUGCUGCAACCGUUUUUACUAAUCCACCAGAUCAAUUCGAAAAUAUAUUUUACGUAGUUAUGGCUCGUGGAAGAAUUCAGCUUAUGAGACCUAUAAACACAGAAAAAUCAUACCAAAAGCAAUUGGAUUUUAUCGUUACGAGCGAAAUGGCACCAAUUGUAAGAGUUGUAGUAUUCUCUCUAUUCAAUAGAGAACUAUUUGUCGAUUCCGUAAAAAUUGAAGUGGAAGCAGACUGCGACAAAAAAUCUAAGGUCAUAAUAUCACGCAACGUAACUUAUGCUGAUCCAGGUACCGCUGAGCAAAUUGAACUGAAAGGAAAACCGAAGACGAAAGUAGGAUUAAUUGGUGUGGAUAAAGCAGUGUAUUCACUAAAGAAUGAAGAUAGACUUACAAAAGAAAAAAUAUUUAAAAAAAUAGCUACGUCUGAUUAUGGUGCUGAAGUAGCAGAAGGAAUGAAUUCUUUAGACACUCUUUCCAAUUCUGGUUUAGUUCUUUUUGGGAAUUUUGAAGUAGAAAAUACGUACAAUGAAGACAUAGGAAUUACAUACUUUAGUAUACUUCCUGAUUUAAACGAUUUUUUUACAUUUGAUCUGAUUGAUGAAAGUACUGAACACUCAAUCCCAGUACGAAGUGAUUUCAGAGAGACUUGGUUAUUCGAAGAUUAUGAAAUCGGGAGUGAUGGAACUAGAAAGCUUCGUCCGAAAUUACCAGACAGCAUCACAAAAUGGGAGUUACAAGUUGUUAGUUUAUCACCUCAGUGGGGAAUUUGUGUUUCUGAUGUCACAGAAAUCUCAUCAUUGAAAAAAUUUUUCCUUCACCUAAAUAUUCCAUAUUCUAUUGUACGCAACGAACAAUUGGAUCUUCAAGUAACCGUGUUUAACUAUUUAGAAUACCGAAUGCCAGCGAUUGUCUAUAUGUAUGGUGUUAAGGAUCUACUUAGCGGAGCAAGUGAAGGAGAAAAAAGCGAACGAAUAAACAUGACGCUCGAAUCUAACUCUAUAGAAAGGGUGAAUUUUACGAUUGUUCCAUUAGUGGCUAAAGAUUAUGUCAUUCGUGUUGUGGCCAUUUGUCCCGCAGGUGUAGAUGUGGUUGAAAAAAAAUUACAUGUAGUGCCCGAAGGUAUUACUGAAGAAUUGGAUUUUGUCAACACUAUAGACCCAACAAAUCAACAGAAAAGGAAAAAAGAAAUACACAUUGUUUCUGACGUUUUAAGAGAUAUGAUAUUUGCAUCGGAGCAGCGACAACAGAUGAUAUUUUAUGUUCAUCCCAGAAGAAAUUAUAUUCCUGGAACCGAGAUGCUCAUUUUAUCUGUAAUUGGUACUGAAUACGGUCCUACAGCUCAAACAGUACUAAUCGAUCCAAAAGACUUAAUUAGAAUGCCCACUGGCUGUUGCGAGCAAACAAUGACUUACUUAGGUCCAACUCUAUACACUUUAAACUUCUUGAAAAGUAAAGGGAAAAUUGAUCUGGAAACAGAAGAAAGGUUAUAUGACUUCGUGGGUGAAGGAUAUAGAAGAGCAUUAACAUUUAGAAACGAAGAUGGUUCAUUCUCUCUGUGGCCACGAAAACCUUCAAGUGUUUGGUUAACGUCGUUUGUUACGAAAAUAUUCUGUCAAGCCAGCAAACUAAUUUACAUAGACAAAAAUGUCAUCUGCAAAGGAAUGGAAUGGAUAACUUAUAAACAAAACUCUGAUGGCUCGUUCGAAGAUUAUUAUCCCGUUAUAAGAACUGAUAUAAUGUACGGAAGCGAUGGAAAAAUCCCUAUGACUGCAUUUGUUCUAUCUGUAUUGCAAGAAUGUAAUUGUAGUUCAGUAAAUAUAAACGAUGUACAACUGAAAGCGAAAUCAUUUCUGGAAAUGCAGUAUGAAACUGAAACCAUUGAUGAUCCAUACGUUAUGGCAUUAACUGCUUAUGCAUUUGCUGCAACAAAUAGUAAGAAAAAACUAGAAGCAAACGAAAUGCUCUUAGAAAUGUCAACUUAUAAUGAAGGACUAAAUCAAAGAUAUUGGGACAGAUCUUCGAUAACUGAAUCAAUAGAAAUUGCUGCUUACGGGCUUCUAUCCCAACUGCAAUUAAAAAAUAUGACAACCGCUCGUUCAAUUGUUAAUUGGUUGAAUAUACAACGACUGGAUGGAGGAUACUUCCCUUCUAGUCAGGCUACAGUGAUUGCAUUACAAGCACUAUCAGAAUAUUUAAUAUCAUCCAAACGCCAAGACAUAAAUCUAACGUUAAGUAUUUCAACGAGUCAUGACAGAAGCAUGGUGAGAACACUACAAAUUAACAACGAUAAUGCCUUAAUCCUUCAACAAAUCGAGAUAAAUAAAUUAGGUGGAUAUCUGUAUGUCAACGCGAGUGGAAAGGGUGUUGGAUUCUUAUCUAUGAGAAUGAAAUAUAAUAGAGAAGAUAUGGACAGGCAACCCUGUAAAUUCCAGACUACGGUAGAUGUUUCUGAAGUAAAAGAAAAUUUAUCAAUGAACGCAACUAUUGCUCAUUACGAAAAAGAACAUAAAACAGAAGUAUCCAGACUUGAUUGUAUCAGAAGAAAUUUAAACCGAAAAUUUACUCUUAAGAUAAAAAUUUGUACAACAUACUUUUUCGAUAUAUACUCCAAUAUGACGAUUAUUGAUGCAGCAAUAUUUAGUGGAUUUAAACCAGUUAAAGAAGAUUUAGAAAGAGUAAUAAAUGAUAUAACAAAUCCUGUUGAUUUUUACGAAGUAGAAGACAGAAAUAUAAUAUUCUAUUUAAGUUAUUUUACACCUAAAUCUACUGUUUGUUUUGAAUUCCGCGUUGUAAGAGAUUAUAUUAUUGGGAACGUGCAGUCCGGUGUUGUCCAAGUAUACGAUUAUUAUAAAUAUGGUGGUUAUGAUACAAAGUGCACCGUAUUCUUCAGUCCAGAUACUUGCAAAUAAUGAAAAUAUCCCUGUUUUAAUGAUACAUAUUAGUAAAUCAAGCUCUUCGUACCACUUAAAAAAUAUUUUACCAAGUUGUUUAAUAAUAUCAAUGUGUUCU